AAUUUUAUUUCAUCCUCUAUCAGUCCUCGUAUGAUUGAGAAGGACAACCAACCGUCCAAUUCUUAGUUUAUGAUGUGUCUUAACAAUGGUCAAAAUUAGUAGUUAACCUGCUAAAAUUAAAUUUAGUAGAUUGACUUUUUGAUAGUUGCAGUCUUGCUGCUAGAGUAGUAUAAAAAGCUUAGCUGCAGAAAUUAGAAAUGCAGGAAAAACCAAUCUUUCUUUAAAGUAUCACAGUUACAGGAACAUCUAUGGAGCAGGAUUUAGAAGUGAAAAUAGUAUCAGUGGAAACUAUAAAACCAUCACUUCCACCAUCCUCGCAUCCCAAAGCUUUAGUUCUCUCUCUCCUCGAUCAAGUCUUCCCUGCUAUGCACGUAUCCGUCCUGCUUUUCUACUCUCCAGCACCACAAGUCGGAGAUGUUGUAAGUGACCUAAAAAUGUCACUUAGCCAAACUCUUGACCAAUUCUAUCCUCUUGCAGGCCGAUUUGUAGAUGACUCGACCAUUUCUUGCAAUGACCAUGGCAUACCCUUUAUUGAAACCAAAGUCAAUUGCCAUCUCUCUGUCUUCAUGACCUCACCUCAUAAGCUAAAGCUGGUUAACAAAUUCCUCCCUACUCGAGAAUUGAUCCCAUUGACCAUUCAAGUCAAUGUUUUCCUCUGUGGUGGGGUGGUUAUUGGGUGUUACAUGCUCCACAAACUCUUUGAUGGAGCCUCUAUAGGAAUCUUUCUUAAUUAUUGGUCUGCCCUAGCUGGUAAGCGGUUUAAGGACCUAGUCCAACCUGAUUUUGAAGCCAGGAUCGAGGCGUUUCCUCCACUACCUAGUAGGGGAGAACAACUCCUACCUGAAACUCCACCCAGUCAAUCGAGUCCAACAACUACAGUGAUCAAGAGUUUCUUGUUCAACUCAGCAGCUUUAAGCAAGCUUAGAGGCAAGGCUACAAGUGAGGUAGUUCCUAGACCUACCAAAUUUGAGGCUGUGGCAGGGUUUGUUUGGGAGCAAGCAUUGGCAGCAGCACGUGAUUCAGGUGCACUGGUUGAGCAUACAACGUUCUCAAUGACUGUAAACAUGCGGCCUCGGAUGAAGCCACCGCUUCCAUGGGAAUCAAUGGGUAACCUAAUUACAAACGCACGAGCACAGGUCGAUAAAAGCAGCAGACAUAAACUUCAAGAGCUUGUCAAGGAAAUCCAUUUAGCCUUGUCUAGAACCAACCAGAAAAUCACUACUACUUUUCAAGGGGAUAAUCCACCAGAGGUUAUCUGGUCAGCGCGAAAAGCUGAGUUGCAAGGAAUAUCAGAUCAUAAGGAUGGUGGCAUAUUCCGGCUUAGCAGCUGGUGCAACCUUGGACUGAAUGAACCAGACUUUGGGUUCGGGAAGCCCGUAUGGAUAGUUCCUACUGAUGGGAGAAUAAUUCCUCCUACAGUUGCUCAUUUUAUAUACCUCACUAAUUACAAUCACCCUAUUAAUGGUGAAGGAAUUGAAGCAUGGUUUUUCUUGGAAGAGAAAGAGAUGCAAGUCUUAGAGUCUAAUCCACAUUUCCUUGCUUUCGCUUCUCCUAACUACUAGUAAUCCAUGUCUUCAUUGCUCUGCCAUCUACUAGGUUGCUAGCAUUGGUUUAAUAAUCGAGCUUAUGUGUGUUAGUUAAGUGUUGAAAAUAAAUUUCGAUGUUAAUCGAUCAACAACAUUAUUUUGUACUCCUGAUGUCCCCAAAUAAUUUUUCAGUAUUAUUCAUUUUUAAAAAUGAAUAUGAAAUUUUUAUCCAAUCCCUAUCCACUAACUCUUCCUUCGCACUCUCACCCCACCUAACAUAAUUAUUUAAAAGCAGUGUGUCCAAACCUAAUACGGAAUAAGAAGAUUAAUUAUAUGUGAACUAGUCCUUUGUAGGGAGGGCCGAGGAAGUAGUAAUGCAGUGUUUACGUGUCGUUAUGUGGUUGUGGAUGAUUUAGAAAAGUAUGGCGCAUUUGAAACUUAUUUACAUUUUUGCAUGGAAUAAACUUAUUUACAAAAUUGUUGUCUAUAUAUGCUGGAAAAUAUGUUUGGGUGACUAAUU